AUGGCUCGUCAUGGAAGUUUUGCGCGGUACAUCCUGGACGCCGAAUCUGCGAACUCAUCUAGUUCCUCUUCUUCAGGCAGUUCCUCAGCUGAUGAGAGACUGGAUUCAUCUUGGGAUCGGAUGAAGACACGAAAGAAGAGCCAACAUCAGCCGAGUGAAUCAAGGAAGAAGUCAAAAAAAUCCUCCAAUCGGUCACCUUGUUCAAAACGUAAUUCAUCCCAACCACCGACACAGACUAGCAACGUUCGUUCACAGCAACGUAAACGAACCACCUCUAGUAGUAGUUCUAGUUCAUAUUCUGCACAUAAAAAAUCACAAAAACAAUCAUCUUCACCUUCUUUAUCUCAAACUUCCCCCCAACCUUCAUCCCCUCCUGCGGCACCUAAACAAAAGCAUGCAUCCUCAUCCUCAAAGUCUUCAUUUUCAUCAUCUUCCUCAGGAUCUAGUACACCUAAUCUUUGUUCUCCUGCAGAUAUGCCUCGAAGUAAACCAGCAGAAAGGUACCCCCUUCCUCAGGAUUCCGUCAUCUUCAUAACGAGGGGCCAUAAGUUGAAGUUCCCACGUGAAAGACUUUUGAGUCAGUCCCUACCAUCAGCUCAACAUGAACAGCAGCAACAGCAAACUCCACCAUCACCAUCACCGUCACUUCAAGAGCCAAUACAUGUUAUUAUCAAUAGAGUCAGAAAAGGUUCUCUCCGACGCCGAAAAUCUCACCCAAGGUCACGAACACCAAAAGGUGAGCUAUUAGUAGUUAACCAAGGGGAGAACUUGUUGGUGAGCCAUCAAAGUCACCGUAGCCGUAAAUCGUCUGAAAAGCGAAGAAGCAAGUCGACGGAAGGGUCUAAGAAAGAGAAGAUAGUGUACAAACUGGUACCCGAGGAGGUGAGUGAAGUCAAGAUCCAUCCACUUCCAAAGAGCAGCCUUAAACGUACGUCUUCACAGAAGACUACAUCGAGCGGUAGAUCGGCAAAAUCAAAACACAGGGACACUUACUUCAUUUUGCUGCCAAAAAAAUUGGAAAAAAAGCUUGCUGGAAAGACAAUUACACUAGAAGAGUCUCGACCUUCCUCUAGAGCAAGUCAUAUGAGUAAAGCUCGCAAUGAAAAAUCUGACAAACGACAUAUUUGGUAA